AGGGUCUAACGUUACCGUGUCUGGAAACCCGAUCCACCCUGUUAAGACCAUGUUUGGGUCGGGCGGGUCAAACGAAACCAGCAAAAGGCCGACCCGGAAUAUAGCCGUUGAUGGGGAUUUUGGGACGAAGCAGCAGCUCCAAAGGUCAACAAGACCUGGUCUUCCGAGUCCCAACAUGACCGUUCGCAUAAAUAUGCACAAAUUCACGUGUCCCUGGCGCAGUGAGAAAGUAGCCGUUGGAGGGUGGGUAUGGGCGGGGGCCCUUUCAGUUGGAGAGAAAUAGUUGUUUCCGGCAACCUAGACACGCGCGCGCACCUCUCUCUCACGUGCUCUGUCAGACCUCCUCCCCACCCCCCAACGAGCAGCGACCCCUCUCUCUCUCUCUCUGCUUUCUCAAAUACUCCUUUGUCGCUUCUCUUCUGCGCUUUCAUGUCGUUCUAAAGAAACUCGCUCUGCUUCUUUUUUCCCAUCAAGAAAAACUUUGUGAAAAGAGAGACGAAAAGGGGAUUGGUGGGGUUGAAGGAAUCCUAGAAAGAUUUAGAAACUUCCACGUUCAAAUUUGUUUCUCAGCUCUUUCUCAAUCCCCUCCUCCUUGCGCUCGCCUCCAAUCUUCCUGCUCAUGGAACGCGAGUGCUCUCGACAUGAUUACGCCCGGUUCUUGCUCUCCUUCCUCCUGCUUGCCGUCCCGUCCUCCGCCGCCGCCCAUCCGCGGCACGUCCAGUGGGACGGCGUGGUCGUGACGCAGGCCGACUACCAGGCCCUCCGGGCCAUCAAGCACGAGCUCAUCGACUCCCUCGGCGUCCUCCGCAGCUGGAACGACAGCGGCUACGGCGCGUGCUCCGGCGGCUGGGCGGGCAUUAAGUGCGUCAAGGGCCAGGUCAUCGCUGUGCAGCUCCCUUGGAAGGGCCUCGGCGGCCGGGUCUCCGAGAAGAUCGGGCAGCUCCGGGCACUCCGGAAGCUCAGCCUCCACGACAACCUCCUCGCCGGCACCGUCCCUUUCUCCCUCGGGUUCCUCCCCGACCUCCGAGGGGUCUAUCUGUUCAACAACCGACUCUCGGGGACUAUCCCUCCUUCCAUCGGUAACUGUCCUCUCCUUCAGGCUCUCGACUUGAGCAAUAAUUUGCUAUCGGGGACGAUUCCCCCGAGCCUCGCCAACUCCACCAAGUUGCUGCGGCUCAAUUUGAGCUUCAAUUCCAUCUCUGGGCCGAUCCCGAGCGUCGUCAGUCGGUCUGCUGCUAUCGCCAUUCUUGCUCUUGACCACAACAACAUCUCUGGACCGAUCCCGGCCUCCAUCACCAAGUUGGGUACACUUAAAAUACUCUCUCUGAGCCACAACCAGAUUGGAAGAACCAUACCAAGUGACAUAGGGGAGCUUUCUGAACUCGAGGAAUUGGACUUGUCAUUCAAUGCCAUCAAUGGAAGCUUGCCCUCCAGCCUCUUCAACAUAUCGUCUCUUGCGGUGCUGGACUUAGAGGGAAAUCGCCUCGACAGCGAAAUCCCAGAGAAUUUGAGCGUGUUGCGGAACCUUUCUGAGCUCAAUUUGAAGAACAAUCACUUCAAGGGGCCAAUACCUUCGAGCAUCGGUAACUUCUCCAGCAUUGUCCGGCUCGAUCUCUCUGAGAAUAACUUCACCGGCCAAAUCCCGGCUUCGCUGGUCAGUUUGCCCAAUCUCACUUCCUUCAAUGUGUCCUACAACAACCUCUCUGGUGCCGUCCCCACCGCUCUCUCCAGGAGGUUCAACUCGAGCUCCUUUGUGGGGAACCUCCAGCUCUGCGGCUUCAGCACUUCGACUCCAUGCCCGGCCAGCUCUCCGCCGCAACAAGCCCCUCCAUCUCCAUCCCCAGAGCGGUCUAGUCACCGAGGCCGCCACCUCAGCACCAAAGACAUAGUCCUCAUUGCGGCGGGGAUCCUCCUAGCGAUCCUGCUCCUGCUCUGCCUCGUCCUGCUCUGCUGCUUGAUCAGGAAAAGGGCGGCCUCCAAGAAGAACGGGAAGCCCGAGAAAGCCGCCGCCGGCGGGGGGAUCUCCGAGAAGGCGACUGCAUCCCGGGAGGUCGAGUCUGGCGACAUUGGCGGGAAGCUGGUCCACUUCGAUGGGCCUUUCGUGUUCACGGCCGACGACCUGCUGUGCGCUACGGCAGAGAUCAUGGGGAAGAGCGCAUACGGAACCGCCUACAAGGCGACGCUGGAGGACGGGAACGAGGUGGCGGUGAAGAGACUGAGAGAGAAGAUGACCAAGGGACAGAAGGAGUUCGAAGCCGAGGCCGGCGCUCUCGGCCGGAUUCGACACCCGAAUCUCUUGGCGCUCAGGGCCUAUUACUUGGGUCCCAAGGGAGAGAAGCUUCUCGUGUUCGAUUACAUGUCCAUGGGAAGCCUCGCUUCGUUUCUCCACGCUCGGGGACCUGAGACCACCGUUGACUGGCCGACGAGAAUGAGCAUCGCCGUCGGGGUGGCACGUGGGCUGCACCACCUCCACACCCAGGAGAACAUCGUCCACGGCAACCUCACCUCCACCAACAUCCUCCUCGACCACCACGUCGUCCCCCACAUCGCCGACUACGGCCUCUCCCGCCUCAUGACCACCUCCGCCUCCACCACCGUCGUCGCCACCGCCGGCGCAAUCGGGUACGCCGCGCCGGAGCUCGCCAAGACCAAGAAGCCCACUGCCAAGACUGACGUCUACAGCCUCGGCGUUGUCUUCCUGGAGCUCCUCACCGGGAAGUCCCCCAGCGAGGGCCCCAACGGCGAGGACCUGCCGCAGUGGGUGGCGUCGAUCGUGAAGGAGGAGUGGACGAACGAGGUGUUUGAUCUGGAGCUCAUGAGGGAGACGCCGGCCAUCGGCGACGAGCUGCUCAACACUCUGAAGCUGGCCCUCCACUGCGUCGACCCGUCCCCGCCGGCGAGGCCGGACGUGGAGCAGGUUCUGAGGCAGUUGGAGGAGAUUAAGCCGGAAGUAGCCGCCGGAGCUAAGGACGACGAAGCGAGGGCCGAAUCUCCCGAUGAAUGAGAAGAGAAAGGGUUUUUUCCAUUUAGUAAAUUAUUUGUUUUUUUUUUUUAUUUGGGGUUUAAGCAUUUUGUGUACUUAAGUGAUAUUUCAUUAUUCUUUAGUUCUUUGGGUGGGAGAAUAAUUUGGGAAGCACUAAACUUUUUUAAUUUAUCAUUUUAUUAAUUAUUGGUGUUUGUAAAUGCAAUUUCGAUAGUCGAAUGAAAUUGAGAUUAGAGUCGUU